CUGGUUUUAGUGUCGAGUAGACGGGAUUUAAAAACUGACCCGGUAAACACUCUUCGGCAGAGAACCUGACGAAAUAAGGUGAACGACCACAUCGAUACGUCUGUCCUAGACAACAUGUAGGGUCAAGGAUGGCUAUACUCGACUAUACCCGUGUAUUCUAUUGUUCGACGUAAUCUACAUCGUUCUUUAUCUGUUGAGGCAAUUGAGAGGAGUAUAAAGAGUAAACACUUUCAAAACUUAAAAAGGCCUGCGAGACUACUGAUAAAAGAUUCCAGUGAAAGAUAACCCAGAUAAGGUAAAAUCUCCAACAAUAGUUACCGUGAUGAAUUAUUCACAUUCGCUGAUAUAACUUAAUUUGCCAGUUAGCUUAGUUUUGCAUAUUAGAUUUUAACUAUGUUGGUAUGUAUAAUAUGGAGAGAGGACAGUCUUCCGCGGACAGUCACGACUUUGGAAGCAGAUGUGCAGCCGGUGUGUGCUACAUGACUUCAGACGACUUUAAGACUGAAGUUGAAUAGAUUUCGCUUGGCUUUUACUGGAUACUUUAACCACGGGAUUUAAUACGUGAGAACCAGGAGUUAGCGGCUGGGUAAUUAGCAGGUUGAUGCGCGAUAGACCGGACGUUUUAAUCCUUUUGUAAAUAGAUAAAACAACAGUGGGGACGUUUAAAGGCGAGCCUUGUUACGAGGGUGAGACCCUUGCUUGUUUAUCAGUGCCUCAAGCUAUUGGGAGAUUUCCGGUCAGACAGGUUUGCGCCAGGGAGCAGAGCUGCUGCAGUUUUGGGGACGCUGAGGAUACCUUUGGAAAAUGGCUGUCAUCAAAAAGUUUUUCUUUUGGAAUACCCGCACUGGAUCAAUGAUGGUUGCCUUCUACAGUUUGUGUGUCGCAGUGAUCUGCAUAUCUCUGUUUCUGGUAAGAUACGUUGGCAACAACAAGAUACAAGAAUACACAGCUUACUGCGUGGUCAGCUAUAUGUCCUUCGUGUUCUACACAGCCUACAUUGUGGUAUCUCUAACGCUUGUGGCGGGAGUUUAUGUGGAUAAACGAGAUCUACUGUUCCCAUGGCUCCUAGGUGUAUCUUUGCUGGUCAUAUACGAGCUGGCGACAGUCAUGUUUCUCUCUGUCCAUCACUCGCAUCAAGAAGAGACCGCGUUUAGUGACUGGACCAUAGUUUUUAUGACAUUUUUUAUUGUCCGGACGAUAGGCAAUGUGUACAGUUUUAUGUGUGUCUACACCCAGUAUACGGAGUUAGGGGCCGGAAGAGGCACAUACGAAUUUUUCAACAAGCCCGAGCGCCGUUCAGUGGUGUGCCAUCUUCCCGUUAUAACGACACAGCACCAGAUUCCAUUGCCGCCGUAUAUAGAAGACCCGCCCCCUUACGCCACUCUUAACCCACUGCCGGCUGUCGUAGUGUCAGAAAUCCCGACCGACCCAGCGCCGCUGUACGAAGAAAUUUCAUAGCGGUUCUGAAGAAGUCGUUUAAAUUUUAUCAAUAGCGUUCCAUUAAGACCCGUUCACUGUCUUAAGUGGAGAUUCCAUAGGGGCGAACGUAUGAGAAACGACCGAAUGCAUAUUGAUUGCGAUAGUUGUUCUUUUUCACUGUUCGCACUCUCAACCGUGACCUGUUUGUUUUUACUCAGGAUAAUUUGCAAAUAGGAAGCAAACAGCGGUAGAUGGACAUACGAUAAGAUAUAAGCCCCUCUUCAUAUCUUCACAGACAGUACGUAGGGUUUGAUGCAAAUGUUGUUUUAAAAACAGUCGUGCCAAGAGGGAUUAUUUUAAAUGCAUUACUUACCAGUCAUCAGUAUUCUGCUUUCAUCACUUGUCAUCUUAAACGAGUCUGUCGUGAAAUCUGCUCAGUACCAAAGCAAUGCCUCUAUAACAAGGUUUUGUAGCUCUCAAAUAGGGAUUACAAAAUAGGAGCUACAUGAAGGAUUAUGCUCAAAUUUUAUUUUUUUUUUCUUAUAGGCCCUAUGUGUAUUGAUGUAAAUUUUAUAUUUAUUCAUAAUUAGAGACAGUUGCAAUAUUUAGAUCUUUUAAAAAGAGAUCUUAGUUAGUUGUUUGUAGUUAUUCAUGUAAUCUUAACUUUGUAAAGGCCUUUCAUCACAGCUACAUUUUGUCAAUAUUUUCUUGUAUAUGCUUGUUUACUGUGUCACUUUCAUGUGUACUUUCCAUUCGGCUUUGUUUUACUGUUGCGCCAGACUCAAGUGAUGGAAUGGCGACCGAAACUCUCUUAGCCAGUCAGGGGAGUCCUACACGUGUAAAUAUUAUUCUAGUCACGAUUUUUCAUCAAUAUUUUCACGAAUAGAUACAGUGUGAAUUAGCUACCUUUUUAUGUUUCCUAUUUAAUUAUUUUCUAUGGAAUGGACUUAAGGUGGCGGUAAUAUAUGAAUAUAUUCAUAAUGGUACUUGGUGCUUUACUGCCACUUUCAUGCCAACAUUGUACAAAGAAAUCGCGAGGCGUAAUUUUGGUAAAACGACCAUAUAUCUCUCCCAAUUAGUGAAACCAUAACUUCCUAAGUUUUCACCAUAUAUUCAUUCGCAAUAGUUAAAGGAUAAUUCUUUUGGUUACUCCAUCAGCAAAAUAAUGAUAUUACCUGCACCGUUACUUCCCCCAAACGUUACCCCAACGGUUUUGGAA